AUGGCAGACCACGACACCACGGAGGCUAUUGACGUCAAGGACACGUCCCUUAACAGCUCCGUAUCUUCCAUCGGCCGCACACCUCCGACUGCGCUCAAACUAGGCUCCAGCCCCAGCCCGGCAUCGUCCCACCGUUCGAGCUUCGCGGAGCACAUGCGAGGAACGCCCACAUCACCACGCGCGUCACGGCAGCCUUCACUGACACAGCAAGCGCUACAGGACCUCCUCAACAACCCACCAACCAAGGGUGGUGAUCCAAAGUUCCAGGGACGCGAUUGGAAGACUGUCAGACUGGGAGAGAUUGUCGAUCCUGACCUGGUGAGGUUCGUCGAGUACGAUACCAGCGUUGAGGAUGCGACGAGCAUACUAGUCAAACAUGGCGCCCCUAAUGUCGUCCUCCUGCGCGAAGACGCCAACACACGGCAUGCGACCGGGACCUUCGAUUACAGCGACCUGAACGCGUACCUCCUCCUCGUAGUCGGCCUCGCGCACCCCGAAGAAGGCGACAUCGCCUCGUUCGACGAGCUUGCGCAGAAAGGAAGAGAAGGAAAACCCAUACCGCUCAAAGACGUAAAAGAGGUUGGUGGCAGGAAGGAGCCGUUGAUUACUCUCGACGAGACAACGGAUCUGUCCAAGGCCAUAGAAGUCUUCGGAAGCGGCGUACAUAGAGUGUUGGUCGCAGAAGAAGGCACAUCGAACGUCAAGGGCAUACUUACCCAGCUAAGACUGGUGCAAUUCUUCUGGGAGAACCGAUCGAGCUUCCCAGGCGUAAACCAGCUGUACCCACAGCUGAUCAAAGACCUGAAUCUUGGAUCCAAGACCGUUCUAGCCAUCAAUGGAGAUAAGCCUCUUGCAGCGGCUCUGGAGCUCAUGAACAACGAAGGCGUGUCGUCACUCCCAGUCUUGGACGCGCAAAACAACGUUAUCGGCAACAUAUCCCAUGUGGAUGUUCGGCUCUUGACCAAAUCCACAUCGCUCCCACUGCUUCGCUCAUCCUGUAUUCACUUCAUAUCUGUCAUCUUGUCCGAACGGGGAGUGAAUGACGGCAAGGACUCCUUCCCCGUGUUCCACGUCAACCCAUUCAGUACCCUCGCACACACUGUGGCCAAGCUAGUCGCAACCCGCUCGCAUCGCAUGUGGGUCGUGGAUGCGCCGUCUCCGGCCUCAUCAGGGCCAUCGACUCCAGCGAUAACACCUGCGAUUGUUGUUCCUCCUUCGCCAAUCACACCACUACCAGGGAUGGCAGGCCCAACACCCGUCAAUUCCACUGCGCCGACCCACCUCGCUAGUACCGGAGCGGUUGCCCCAGCUAUCUCUGCAUCAGCAAUCUCUGCUAUGCCAGGGGCUAGCUUAUCUGGCAGACUAAGUGGUGUCAUCAGUCUCACGGAUAUCCUGAAUCUGUUCGCAAGAGCAAGCGGGCUGAAUCCCCAUGAUCCCGACGAGGCGAGACGUGCUAGGCGCAGGUCUAGCUCCAGUAGCAUGAGGCAGAGCAUGGAUAGUUCAAGGAGCGAAAGUGUGUCGGCUAUCGCUGGGAGAAGGAGCAGCGUGAGUGAGAGGGAAAAGAAUGCUCCCGCAGCUCAGGGACUGGGCAUCUCCAGAGGACGAGCUCCCAAGUUCGAUCCCUCCGAGGUGAAGGUCAUUCACCUCCGUGCGACCGGUGGUGAAGUCGGUGCCUCAUCCGCGCUCGCCCCCAAGAUCGGUCCCCUCGGUCUCUCGCCUAAGAAGGUCGGUGAAGAUAUCGCCAAGGCCACUGGUGACUGGAAGGGUCUCCGUGUCACCGUCAAGUUGACCAUCCAAAACCGUCAAGCCGCCGUUUCCGUCGUUCCCUCCGCUUCCUCCCUCGUCAUCAAGGCCCUCAAGGAGCCUCCCCGGGACCGCAAGAAGGAGAAGAACAUCAAGCACACCAAGAGCGUUCCCCUUGAUGAGAUCAUCAGCAUUGCCCGCACCAUGCGCUUCAAGUCCAUGGCCAAGUCUCUGCAGGGUACCGUUCUUGAGAUUCUCGGAACUGCCUUCAGCACUGGCUGCAAGGUUGACGGCCGUAGCCCCAAGGAUGUCUCUGACGACAUCAAGGCUGGCGAGAUUGAGAUUCCUGAGGAGUAA